UAUCACCCUUCUCACACAAACAAACACAAAGCUCAAAAAUCCCUCCUCCAUUUCUCUCUCUUUUUUUCUCGCUUCCAAAAACUGUUCUUCUUAUUUUCUCCAAUCUUAAUUAUUUCCGAUUUUUCAAAACCUAAUUUCAUCAUCACAAACAUAGUAAUAAUCAUAAUCGAAGCUUCAAACUAAGGUUUCUUCUUAAUCACCUUCGUUUUUUUUGUUUGGUUUAAUUUUUGGUUAAUUUUUGCUGUGUUCGAAUACCAGAUUGUAGAUUUUUGUGGAACUUUUGAUUAAUUUUCGGUGUUUAAGUGUGUGAAAAUAGAGCUGCUAUGAUUCCUUGAAGAAGGAGAAGUUGUUUUUAUUUUUAGGGAUGAAAAGGUCUAGAGAUGAUGUGUUCACAGGGCCUCAAGUUAAACGGCCGCAACCUGCUAAUUCUUAUCGCGGAGAGAGCUCUGGGCAGCCUCAAAUGGUUGGAGGAGGCGGGGUUGGUGCACCUACACCACAGAGAUUAACGACUAACGAUGCACUAGCUUACCUGAAGGCAGUAAAGGACAUGUUCCAGGAUAAGAAGGAGAAAUAUGAUGAAUUUUUAGAAGUUAUGAAGGAUUUUAAAGCUCAAAGAAUUGAUACCACGGGUGUAAUAGCAAGGGUUAAAGAUUUGUUCAAAGGGCAUCGCAACUUAAUAUUGGGAUUUAAUACCUUUUUGCCCAAGGGAUAUGAAAUUACCCUUCCUCCUGAGGAUGACAAUCCUCCUGCGAAGAAGCCAGUUGAAUUUGAAGAAGCAAUCAGUUUUGUUAAUAAAAUAAAGUUGCGGUUUCAUGGCGAUGAGCGUGUUUACAAGUCAUUUCUCGAUAUUUUGAAUAUGUAUAGAAAAGAAAACAAAACCAUAAGUGAGGUCUACCAGGAGGUAGCUGCACUCUUCCGAGACCACCGGGACCUUCUUGAGGAAUUCACACAUUUCCUUCCUGACACAUCAGCAGCAACACCAGGUCAAAAUGGUCCAUCUGGGAAAAAUUCUAUAUUAAGAGACAGGAAUUCAGGCAUGCCUUCAACAAGGCUGCUGCACGUUGACAGGAAGGAUCAUGAGUUCAAUCUUGAUGGUUCUGAUGCCGACAAUGAUAAAUUGGGGAAAGCAGAGCGGGAUCAGAGGAGGCGACUUGAUAAAGAAAGAGACAGAAAAGAUGGCAUUAACAGGGUUGAAGAUUCUAUUACUGAUCACGGUGCUGAGAACUAUGGUCCGCGUGCUGUCUCUGGGUCUUAUGAUGAUAAGAGUGGUCUAAAAAGUAUGUACAGUCAAGAACUUGCAUUCUGUGAAAAAGUCAAAGAGGGAUUGGAUAAUCUUGAUGAUUAUCAGGAAUUUUUAAAAUGCAUUCACAUAUACUGCAGGGAGAUAAUCACAAGACAAGAGUUGCAAGCUUUGGUGCGUGAUAUACUUGCAAAUUACCAAGAUCUCGUGGACGGGUUUGAUGAGUUUUUGGCACGUUGUGAGAGACCUGAUGGAUUUCUUAGCAAUGUUAUGAGUAAAAAAUCCUUGUGGCCAGAAUUUUUGUGCAGCGAUGGUCAAUCAAAAUCAGUGAAAACCGAGGAUAGGGAGCGAGAUCGGGAUAUGGUGAGAGACGACAGGGAUAGAGAUCGUGAAAGUAGGGAAAGGGACCGCACUGACAGAGGUGUUAUUUAUGGGAACAAAGAAGUUGCAAAUCUCAGGUUGUCUUCAAAUUCAAACAAGGAUAAAUAUAUAGGAAAACCUAUACAAGAGCUUGACCUCUCCAACUGUGAACGUUGCACACCUAGUUAUCGAUUGCUUCCGAAGAAUUAUCCCAUACCUUUGGCGAGCCACAGGACGGAGCUUGGAGCUGGAGUAUUGAAUGAUCAUUGGGUCUCCGUCACCUCUGGAAGUGAGGAUUACUCAUUUAAACACAUGCGGAAAAAUCAGUACGAGGAGAGCCUCUUUCGAUGUGAAGAUGACAGGUUUGAGCUGGACAUGCUGUUAGAGUCCGUGAAUGUUACAAUUAAGCGCGUGGAAGAUCUUUUGGACAAAAUCAACUCUAACAUGAUAAAAACAGAAAAUCCUAUCCGGAUAGAGGACCACUUUACACCUAUAAAUUUAAGAUGCAUUGAGCGAUUAUACGGGGACCAUGGUCUUGAUGUCAUGGAUGUAUUGAGAAAGAAUGCAAUUCUUUCUUUGCCUGUUAUAUUGACUCGCUUGAAACAAAAGCAAGAAGAGUGGGCCAGAUGCCGUGCUGAUUUCAACAAGGUGUGGGCUGAAAUAUAUUCCAAGAAUUAUCACAAAUCGCUCGAUCAUCGUAGUUUCUACUUCAAACAGCAAGACACUAAGAGCUUGAGUACAAAAGCUUUAUUGGCAGAGGUUAAAGAGAUCAGUGAGCAGAAAUGCAAAGAGGAUGAUGUGCUUCUUGCUGUUGCUGCUGGAAAUAGACGACCUAUUAUUCCCCAUAUGGAAUUUGAGUAUCCUGAUACAGAGUUACAUGAAGAUUUAUAUCAACUCAUGAAAUAUUCCUGCGGUGAAGUUUGUACAGCUGAACAGUUGGAGAAAGUGAUGAAAAUCUGGACAGCUUUCCUGGAACCAGUACUUGGUGUGCCUGCUCGGGCUCAAGGUGCUGAGGACUCUGAAGAUGCCAUAAGAGCCAAGAAUGAGGCUUCCAAAACAGAUGGUCCUGCUACUGGUGAAAGUGAUAGAAGUCCUAGUGGCGGUGCUGCUACUCGCAAACAUGAAAGUAGUCCACCAGAACAAUCCAGUUCUGGCAAUCAUGCUAAAGAUGAGGGAUAUCCUGAUGCCAGUAGCAGUGGCCUGCAUCAAGUUCGAUCACAAAGUAAUGUCAUCGAUGAAUUCGGUCUCGGAAAACAAACCACUUCUAACGAGCGAUUGACUGCUUCUAAUCCGUCUCUUCCCUCCGGAGUUGAGCAAUUUCAUGGAAGAAAUAUUGAAAACCCGUCAGGUCAUAAUACCACACAGUUGAGAGUUGGGAAUGCAGCAGAUAACAGUGGGAUCGAGUUGAGAUCAAAUGGUGGAAAUAUACCAUCGCUGGAGGCUGUUGAUUCUACAAGACCAGUUGCAGCAUCAAAUGGAGUGAUAACAGCUGCCACCAAAGAAAUCAGAUACUGCGAAGAGUCUAAUGGACAUGCCAAAGUUGAAAGAGAAGAGGGCGAGUUGUCUCCGAAUGGAGAUUUUGAGGAGGAUAAUUUUGCUGUUUUUGGGGAUGCAUCCACAGAGCCUGCAAAUAAGCCAAAUGAUGGGGCAUCAAGUGCCCCACACCGAAGUGGUCCGAGAGGUGCUAGAAGAGAAAAUGAUGUAGAUGCUGAUGAUGAAGGUGAGGAGAGUGCUCACAGGUCAUCAGAGGACAGCGAGAAUGCUUCAGAAAACGGGGAUGUUUCUCAUAGUGAGUCCGGUGAGGGAGAGGAUUGCUCUCCUGAAAACGAAGAAGACGGGGAACAUGAUGAGAAUGAUAAUAAGGUUGAGAGUGAGGGUGAGGCUGAAGGAAUGGCAGAUGCACAAGAUGGAGAUGGAAUAUCAUUGCCUCUUUCAGAACGUUAUCUGCAAACAGUAAAGCCUCUUGCAAAAUAUGUUCCUGCAUCAUUAAAUGAAAUUAGAAAAAGUUCCCGCAUCUUUUAUGGAAACGACUCGUUCUAUGUUUUAUUCAGACUACAUCAGACUUUGUAUGAAAGAAUACAAUCUGCAAAGAUUAACUCAACCACAGCGGACCGCAAAUGGAAAUCUUCCCAUGAAACAGUCCCGUCUGACCUGUAUUCAAGAUUCAUGAAUGCACUAUAUAGUUUGGUUGAUGGUACAUCUGACAACACCAAAUUUGAGGAUGAUUGUCGAGCCAUUGUUGGCACCCAAUCAUAUCUUCUGUUCACUUUAGACAAGCUUAUAUACAAACUUGUCAAGCAGCUUCAAAUAUUGGCCACUGAGGAACUGGACAACAAGCUUCUUCAGUUAUAUGCAUAUGAAAGUUCUAGAAAAUCUGACAGAUUCUUAGAUGUCGUUUAUCAUGAAAAUGCUCGCGUACUUCUCCAUGACGAGAACAUAUACCGAAUUGAAUGCUCAUCUUCACCAACUCAAUUGUCCAUUCAAUUAAUGGAGAAAGGGCUUGAAAAACCUGAAGUAACAGCUGUUUCAAUGGAACCUAAUUUUUCAGCCUAUCUUCAGAAUGAAUUCCUCUCAGUUGUCCCAGAUAAGAAAGAGAAGCCUGGGAUAUUUUUAAAGAGCAGGAAUAAAUACCAACAAAUGAGCGGAGAUGAACCCUCUAGUGGUUCCAAGGCUAUGGAAGGAGUCCAAGUUGUCAAUGGAUUAGAGUGCAAGAUAGCUUGCAAUUCGUCCAAGGUGUCAUAUGUAUUAGACACGGAAGAUUUCUUAUACCGGAAGAUAAGAAAUAGGAGAACUUUGCGUGUGAGCAGUGCUUGCAAUGACCAGGCGAAGUCACAAAAUCAAAAUGGCUCUUCUCGCAGAUUAGAUCCAUUUAGCAGAUUGCUUGCAAGCUCAUGAUUGAUGAUGACCCAUAGCGAAUGAAUACCACUGGAAGCUUGUUUUGCAAUCUAUGAGAAAUAUCACUUGAAGCAUUAUUGUAACACUCACUAUCAGAUAUUCAGAUGCAUGCAUGAGUUGCUUACUCUACUCUACUUUUGCUGUGCUCUGGAGGUUGCUGAAGCAAAGGCUAUUUGAGGUCGCUGACAGAAGGAAAGAAUUGCGUGUUUUGGAAGAUCACAAGGUACUUUUCCUGCUCAAUGGGAAAUUACUACUAAUGUUUGCGCUUUGGAUAAACAACUAUAAUAUAUUCGACAAGCCUGCAGUAGAUAUUAUGCUAUUUUGGCGUGAAAAAAGGCAACGGAAUACACACUUCCAUACAGAGCAGGAAAAUAGCAAAAGAAAGGGUUGUUAAUUUGGUGUUGAAGCAUCCUCUAAUUCCUUCCUUCCAACCUAAUAAAGGGAGCGAUUAUGGGUCAAGUCAAGUGUAGUAUAAUGUAAGUUUUGUGGCAAUUGUUGCCACAAUUGUGUAAAUAUAGCUAAUAUCAUUUCAUUCAUUUACAUUACUGAUCAGGGAUCAUUUUUGUUUUACCCUAAUAGCCCUUUUUCCCCUCUUCUUUUUGCAAUGAUCAAAUGAUGUAAUUUCAUAUGGAUAUUAUCUAUAUUUGCAGCCACGCUGCCUUUUGAUUAAAGUUCAGAGUUUUCGUUCUUUCAAA